AUACGGAAAUCUGAUUUGGCAACACUGGUACUCUGUGAGGCGUCAGGGACAGGGACUCAUUGUCAGUGAGUGUAUAUAGUCUAGAAUCCUAACCUAGGAGUCCUAAGUUCCUAACUCCAUUGGCUCAGUUGUUGUGACAUCUGGCUGUGGUUUUAGCUUGAAGUUUCAAUCGGCAACAUGCCUACAAAUGAUAACACAGUAGUACCUGAAACUCCAAAAGGUGAAACUUAUGCAGAUAACACAGACGACUCAAACAUGGAGUUGCUUCAAAAGAAAACGGAUGUGAUAACAGUACCAACUGAAGCUCCAAGUAAAAGUGUUCCAGCAGACCUAAAAGAGAAACUGUCUUCAAACAAAAAAACCUUGAUUGCAAUUGGGAUAAGUUUGAUAGUUGUGUGUCUACUACUGACUCUUGUGAUAUGUCUUCUUUAUUGGCAGUACUCUGCUGUGACAGAGAAAGAGGGUUUGUUUGUCAUACCUUCAGGAAAUAUAAAGUUUAAUCCUGGUCAGAAGAGCACGUAUGAAGAGGAAAUAUCUUCUCUCAAUCAGUUCAUAAAAGACUAUAAUGCUACCAAAGCUGAUACACAGGUGAUUGCAUGUCCUCCAGGAGUUGAACCAAAUGCUACACAAGUCUGCAUCUUGCAAAAAGUUAUACUGGGACAUGAAUGUAUACCAGAAAUGGUUUGGAACUACAACACAACAUCUCCUUGCAUUAUAUUGUCUUAUAAUGGGAAAACUAAAUUUGAUCCUUAUGAUGACAUUGAGAAACUACCCAGCCAGAUGCCCAAUACACUUCGAGACCUCAUUAGAAGCAUCACUUACGAAAAUGGCGGUGUCAUGAAAGAGGUUAUAUGGGUGUCUUGCACACACUUUGGCAUUCACUCUUACUACGGCCCUGGUUUCCCCAGUUCCUUCUUCUCCAACACAAACCUACCAGGCUAUCGGAAACCUAUAGUCGCAUUCCAGCUGGUGCUUAAAGAUCUUGUUAACACCACAGUUGAAAUUGAUUGUAAUAUGUGGGCCAAGGGUAUUGACGAGCAAAGCCCCGAAGCAUCAGUCAAAUUCACUGUAACCUUGGAGAAAAAUUGAAAAGGGCCCAAUAUACUACAGCAGUUGUUUGACAGAUGGUUAACAUAGCAAAAGGUCACCUAAUCACCAUCUAAAUAAAUGCAUGCAUAUAGGGCAAGAAUUUUUUUUUUUAAACUAUGUUCAUAUGGAUGAGAAAGCUUGUGCAAAUGCAUGUGUAGAACAUCCUUCAGAGAGCUAAAGCAUGUUCCUUCAUUGUUAUUAAUGUGGAUGAUCCUGAGCCAUCACCAUUACCAUCUGCAUUUUUCUGCCAGCAAACAUAUGGUAAGGCUGUCAGGCUACAUCCCUUCACAGCCUACGCAAAAAAGGAGACAGCUGUAUGUAAAUUAGCUUCUGGCAUUGGCCUUUAAAUUCAGAGUCCUACUGGUAGAUCUUUUCAAAAUAGGGUAGGACUCAGGGAAGAGAGGAAAACUACUGUGGAGAAUUUCCGAUUACAAGACAAAAUCUCCAGAUAACUACCGGUACCUUACAAAAAAAAAAAAAUGUCAAUACAGUCAAAAUAGCUGGUGCAAAACAAAAUGUGCCCAAAUGAAUAAUAAUGUUCAAUUUGAACGAAGCACAUGAACAAAUUGCAUAGUAACCACUGUUAUGAAAAAUUUGUAGCUAUCGUUUCACAACUUUUUUGUAUACACUAUAGUAAAACCUCGAUAAAUCGAACUUUACUGUAUCGGAAUUUGCUUUUUUCAGAAUCUUGCCUUUAUAAAUAUAGUAUCAGUGUGCCGCACCUCGCUACCUACACUUAUUUACGUGAAUGUUUUUUUGUGUAGUACGUGGUAUCUUUAACAGGGAUAUUAGAGGGUUUUAAGAAUUUAGUUAAAAUUAUGUAAGUACUGUACUGUACAUAUUUAAAGAAAUGGGUAAAAAUAAAAAUCUUAUGAGAAGAACAACACUUGCUCGCUGAAUACUGUUCAGUGGUCUAAUCAGAUUUGUUGUUGGUCUGAUGAGGGCUAAGACACUGUUUGUAAACAGGCUGGGGAUUGCAGGGGAGGGGUUUUGGCGUGUCGGGGGUUGCCUCAUUCAUCAGGUUUAUGUAUUGAUUCAGUAUUAUAUUUUCGUAUGAUCAGUCUCUUAUGGUGUGUGGAUCAUCAUGAUUGAUAUAACAUCUAAAGUAAUUGAGAAAAAUACAAUAUGUAAGCUGCAAUUUGACUUAAAAAUAAAAGACUAAGCUGUAUUUAAGGUAAUACACUCAGGUUGCAAUUGUGUGAGAGCUUUCAGCAAACCAGCAUACAACAAGGUAACACUAAUACAUUGUGCAGUACUGUAUAUGAUAUGAAAAUAUCUUCCUAACGGUGUUAUUUAUUUCCAUUGAAUGAUAAACAUUGGCUCAAUUUGGCUACUUGUUCACCUAGACAACUGAUUAAUGAAUAACCCAGGGUAUAUGCAGAUGCAUAAUACUGUACACUACAAUAUUAUUAAGUGAUGAUAAAUACACUACAGACAUGUACUAAUUUAUUAAGUGCUGCAGAUGGACUUUGUGGUAAGCAUGAGUGGUGAAGGACCUAAGCCGAUCAGUUGUUUGCCCUUUGUAAACAAAGAACUCAUGUUGUUGAGUGUGGUAUUCAUUUUUCAAGAAAGUUGAUUCUCUUAUGAUAAUAUUUUAUCAACCUGGCACCAAAUAAACCUUAAUGAUUGAGAAUUAUGGUGAAAUUGCAUAAAGACGUGUUAAAGGAUGUUGGGGGAGGGAGCCACCCACCUGUGCUGCCACCCCCCUGCUGCUUCCACAUCAUUCAUCUACCACAUACAAUAUACCACCCUACAAUUAUUUUUUUCUAAUUUUUAGCUUUAAUGUACAGUACUGUAUACAGUUUACUCUUUAUUCAUGAGACAAAUUCUCUGGUUACGUACGUAUAACAUAUUACAGUAUUGUACAGCCAUCUCUCGAUUUACACUAGUUCCGUUCUUGAGAAUGGCAGUGUAAAUAAAAAACGUGUAAAUAAAUCUUAAUUAUCCUAUAAGAAAUAAAGGAAAUGGCUGGGGUUAGGGGAAAUGUUUGGUCAUAUACGCAGUGCCUUGUCAGAAUGAAAUGCUUUAAUUACUCGGUAAAUUUGGUCAUUUACGCGGGCAGGGUGCAUACAAGGUCGCCCAGUCAUCAAAACAUUACUGAGUUCUUCACCCGCCACCCACCACAGCCGGCCCAAGUCCGUGAUA